UGUUUAAACGCAGACAGAAGGCUACAGCGAGGACACAGAGAGAGAGAGAGAGAGGAGGAGGAGGAGAGCGCCGCGGUUACUGCGCACAGUGAGCUCGCCAGCUCCACUCAUCACCGAGGACAUAACAAGUCGUAAAAAUACCUAAUACCGUGCACUGGAAGGGGAAAAAAAGACUUCCCCUGAUCUGCUCCGAUGACAGCGCUUUUUAAUUUCUCCUGGAAGUGAAGGUUUAAUACAACAACCAUCUGAGCGCAGCCUGACGGACGAUCGGCGCGUCGGAGGAGGAGGACAAGCACCGAACAUAGAAACGUGGAGGUGGAGCAGCUUUGUCGGCAGGGUGCAAACAAACAAGAGAAAAACAUUUUUUUUUUUUUUUUUUUUUUUUUUUUUUUCCCCCCGGUGUGGAUGUAUGAGAACUUGCCUCUGACACCACGGACUGUGGGCUCAACUGUGAGCUAAGAAGACUGUAAAGUUGUUUUGGGGGUGGGGGGAAUUAUAGGCGCACCCUGCAGCCCUGAGGAUCUGCAUCUUAAUGUGACCUCACAUGGUGAGGCUUUUUGGACUUACAGUGACACAUUAGUUACUUUUUGUAUGUCAGAUACAAAAGCCAACGGGACCUCGUUCCUGCUGUAGAAAUUACACUGUGUUGUCUCAUCUGUCUGGGAUGAUCAGAAAGUGCCAGAGAGCGGAUAUACACGACUGGGACAAGUUCUGAUUCUGUCGCAUCGCGAACACAAGAAGCUUUUCUGCUUCAGCAAAUAACAAAUCUAUAUCUCAGACUGAAAAACCAAAGACAGCAGUUUUCCUAAGGAUCCAAAAGCCCUUGCUUUGGUUUUAUUUCUUUUGUCUUUUAUUAAGAAGAUAAAUACCUCAUAGACUAAGACUUAUUUAACCUGGACCCUAUUAGAGAGCACCCAAAGGAAAAGUUAAAAUUUUUUAUACCAUCAUAUAUUUUUUAGAAGGUAGAAGAAAAAGGGAAUAACCCAACAAAGGCUUUAUUUUUUUAUUCAUUUUACUUUUCUUUUUCUUUCUUUUUUUUUCAAAACGAUGAGGAUUGAAUCGAUAUAAAACCCCGUUAAGAAGCGGUUUGGUGUGGAUUAUCGCUCAGCUUGACCUCGACCUUCACAAAGUAGCAGAGUGCAGAAGGCUGGAACGAUGCCAGAUUCACCUGCGGAUGUGAAAACCCAGCCCAGGUCCACCCCACCUACCAUGCCUCCUCCACCCCCGGCUGUGAGUCAAGCAACAAGUCGCAACGCCUCGUUCACACCGGCCACCAGUAAAUCAAUGCUGAACGGGAGCAGCCACUCUCCUACCUCGCUAAACGGUGCUCCUUCGACUCCCAAUGGCUUCAGUAAUGGGCCGGCGAUGUCUUCGACGGCCUCCCUGUCCAACCAACAGCUUCCGCCGGCUUGUGGCGCCCGACAACUCUGCAAAUUAAAGCGCUUCCUGACCACGCUGCAGCAGUUCGGCAACGACAUAUCCCCCGAGAUUGGGGAGAGAGUGCGCAGCCUCGUGUUAGGACUGGUGAACUCCACUCUCACCAUUGAAGAGUUUCACUCCAAACUUCACGAGGCCACUAACUUCCCACUGAGGCCUUUUGUCAUUCCUUUCUUGAAGGCAAACCUGCCCCUGCUGCAGAGAGAAUUGCUCCACUGUGCCAGACUGGCCAAGCAGACUCCAGCCCAGUAUCUGGCUCAGCACGAGCAGCUCCUCCUGGACGCCAAUGCUAGCUCGCCUCUCGACUCCUCGGAGAUCAUGCUGGAGAUGAACGAGCACGGCAAGAGAAGGACUCCCGACAGGACCAAAGACAGCUCCGACAGAGACGGCUUGCACCCGGAGCAUCUGGCGAAGAGGCCCUGCACCAUCAGCCCCAGCCAACGCUUCAGCCCCAGCACGGGGCUCCCGGCUCACCCGCCUCCCAACGGCCUACCAACGCACCCACCCAAUGGCCUGCCCCAUCCGCCCAACCCCCAAGUGGGACCCCAGCACUACCGCCUAGAAGACAUGGCCCUGGCGCACCAGUACAGGGAUGCGUUCAGACACAGCGAACACAGAGACUCUCGAGACAGACACCGGCAGACAGCGGUGCAUGGAGCUCGUCAAGAGGAGGUGAUUGAUCACCGUCUUACAGACCGAGAAUGGGCAGAAGAAUGGAAACAUCUCGAUAAUCUCCUUAACUGCAUCAUGGACAUGGUAGAGAAGACGCGACGCUCCCUGACGGUGCUGCGCCGCUGCCAGGAGGCCGAUCGCGAGGAGAUGAAUCACUGGAUCCGCCGCUACAGCGACGUAGAGGAGAUGAAAAAAGGUGGGAGCAACGGACAGCACUGCCUCCCUCCUCCUCCUACUCUUCCUCCUCCUCCUACUCCUCACCACAACUCCUCCUCCAACACAGCUAGCAGCAGCGAGUCACUGCCCAUAGGAACUUCCUCGGCUGCUGAAAGGCAGACAGGCAGACAGACAGAGAUCCACAGAGACUUCUUGCACCGGCCUCCCUCAGGAUACCUGCCUGAAGAAAUCUGGAGGAAAGCCGGUACUACAAGCAUGCCGCUUUCCCCAGCUCUAAAGCACCUCCAAAACAAGCAGGAGGAGGCGGUGAAUGAAGUGAAGCGGCAAGCCAUGUCAGAGCUGCAGAAGGCGGUGUCAGACGCAGAGAGGAAGGCUCACGAGAUGAUCUCUGCUGAGCGAUCCAAAAUGGAGAGGGCACUGGCCGAGGCAAAGAGACAAGCUUCCGAAGAUGCGCUGACGGUCAUCAACCAGCAAGAAGACUCCAGCGAGAGCUGCUGGAACUGCGGCAGGAAAGCCAGCGAGACGUGCAGCGGCUGCAACACAGCUCGCUACUGCGGCUCCUUCUGCCAACACAAAGACUGGGAAAAACACCACCACGUCUGUGGUCAGGGCCUGCAGGGGCUGCCGGGGGGCAGCAGCGUUCCCCUGGGCACCCCUUCCUCCACCUCCUCGGUGUCCUCCAGCGCGCCACCGACCCACUCAGAGAGCACCCCUCCAGGACCCCUCUCCCUGGUGGGCCAGAGCAGUAUUGUGGGAGGCGCCGGCAGCGGGAGCGUCUCCGCCAGCCCCAAAGAGAGCAGUUCCAGCAGUGCCUCUCGCUCCACAACCCCAGCAACCCCUGCCCUACUGGAUGCCACCUCACGCUGACGUCUGAGCCCUCUCUGUUCGUCCAUGCGUACUGAAAUGACAGUGCCCACACUCCACACACACAAAAAAAAAGCCAAACUGAGGAAUCUGCAUUGCACACAACUCCCUUUCUUCCUACCCUUAUUCAUAACGCUCUACUUGCAAGCUCUGUGAUAAAUCCUUUAACAACCAACAGCUUUUCUCACCAUGUAUGAUGUUUUCUAUCUCUCCGGUGACCACAAGUAGAAGGAUUCCAACCAGAGGUUCAACCAGUGGUGCAAAGCGUGCAUCUCGCAGUGUCUGCUUCAACAUAUCAGAUUUGUUUGCUGAGAACAUAGGCUUUGAAUUGAAAAUUCACCCUCAUUUGUGUAGGCGUGGUGAAGUUAGGGCAGCAUUUAUGAGAGAUAAGUAGCACUUGAUAGGAUGCCCCCUUUAAUUUAGCACCGGUGGAGGUACAGCAUCCAGCCCUGAAAUGUGCACUAACAGUCUGCAGAUGUGACAACUCUGCAGUUUCAUAAUAAAGAGGCAAAAGUCAUAAUGUUGCUCCAAAACCUAGGUGGGAAGGGAUACAAGCUGUGGUGCAAUUUAUUCCUCAGAAACACAACUUAGUAUUUAUUAAAGGUUUCUUUCUGGCUUUAACGGAAAACAAAGAUAAGUCCAAAUAUUCUGAGUAAAGAAUAGAGCUGAUGAUGAUGAUGCUGAUGAUGAUAUGAGAAAUAAGUUAAUUUUAAACUGCUAACUACCUUGCUAGCGAGCCAAGAAAAUCUACACCGGACUCACCUCUCUGCACCAUAAUGAACCCAAAUAAAUUCAAAGAUGAAACAAAUAACAUGAUCCAAACCUUUUUACUACACUGCCAAAGUGAAAAAAAGAAACAUAAGUGAUAGAGAGCAGCACUCAUCUUAUAACCAAACACAAAGCAACAUCACCUCCUGAGCAGAAAAGCGAGCCCUGAGAGGACCAGGCGUGGAGGAGCUGCAGAGCAGCAUCUCGACUGAGAUUUAAACAAAAAAACACAAAACUGUGACCUGCUUUGAUCUGCAGCUGCCUCCCGCAGUCUGGAUAAAACUCCUCAGCGAUGGCCCAGACUAGUGAAUAUGGACAAUGCUGUGAACUUGCCUACAAGAAACACUUGAUGAAAUUGAUGGAAACCCUGCCACAGUGUGGUUCUUUUGUGAAUGGUAGCGAGGACAUAAAGAGGGAAAUAGGAAAGAAAAUGAAAAUGCUACAUGGCCUCAAAAGAGACAGAGGUAGAAACAAGGCAACGGAGCUCCCAAAAACCUCAACACAAGCUUGGAGACAUUGUUCAAGAAGGCAUUGCAUACUAUGGAGACGUACAAGGAGAUUGCUUAAAAGUUGAUUGUUUUUUUGUUGGGUUUUUUUUUUUAAACAAAAAACUCAGAAGGAGGAGACAUUUUGAGGAAUUGCUGUUACCUUUACAUUCACUCCUUCCUUUUCCAAAGCAUGACUCGCAGUUCAGAAGAGCCGACAGGGCGGUGUAAACUUUGUUCUCCUCUCUUUCUACCUCCCCUCAUCCCUUCUUUGCUCGCCCCCAAACUAGUGGACUCACAUUUCACCCCCCAAAAUCUCGCGUUUGCUUUGGCAGAGCUGCAAAGCACUCGCAGGGGAGGGUUGAACCUGCUUGUAGAUAUUCUUCCUCUUUUCACUUUUUUCAUAAAUGUCUCCUGAUUGCUGAUGCCACAUGUGCUGCCCUUGUGUAUAUCCAAAAAAAAA